ACAGUAAAAACGAAAACCUUUUUUUUGACUAUUGCAAUAUGCAAGCUAAAAGUUAGUAUCCGUAGCAAGUAAUGUUUUAACAUUAGUACUCUGCUCAUGUCUUUCGAUUAGAUAUGGCUGCGCUCAUCAGAACGUCGUGCGUUGUCCCUUCUUCAAAGAUGCAUUUGAGACAAAUAUAUGGAAGAUGUUCUGCCUUUCAACUUCUAAAGCAAAAUUACCCAUCUGUAUCACAGACAUGCUGCUAUUCUGCUCCUCAAAGAAAAGGUUUUAUUUCUCAGAUUGUUGACAACAUCAAAGAGGAUUUGAACAGAAACAAAGAGAUGAAGGAAAACCUAAAAAAAUUUAGAGAAGAAGCAGAGAAAUUAGAGAAAUCUGAAGCUCUUCAAAAUGCAAGGAAAAAAUAUAAACUAAUAGAAAAAGAGACUUCUAAGAGUACCGAACAGAUUAAGGAACAAUUGGAAAGUCUUAAAGGUAAAUUAAAAGAGGGACUUAAUGAGGCACAAAAGAGUGAAAUUGGUCGCAAAAGUCGAGAGAUAACUGAAGAAUUUGCCAAGUCAGCUAAGAUGGCUGCUGAAGCAAUUGCAAAGCAAGGUGAAGAACUCGGAAAGAGCACUCCUAUGAGAGCAGUUGCAGAGGGUGUAAAGACUGUCAGGGAUCAAAUUGAAGAAGCUCAAAUUACUGGUUCUAAAGUCUAUCAAGCUCCAAUAAAAUUACGUAAGAGGAGUGAAAGAUCUGAAAUGGGUGAAGAAAGAAUUAUUGAACCUAACAGUGAGGCCACUACCAUAGAACUUCACAAGGACUCAAAAUGGUUUCAAAGCUGGCAAAAUUUUCGAGAAAAUAACCAAUAUGUUAACAAGGUAUUUGACUGGAAAAUGAAAUAUGAUGAGAGUGACAACCCUGUUGUAAGAGCAUCUCGUCUUUUGACUGACAAAGUGACAGAUCUUUUUGGUGGGCUUUUCCAAAAAACAGAACUGUCAGAGGUUUUAACUGAAAUAGUAAAGAUGGAUCCCAACUUUGACAAGGAGAAAUUUCUUAAGGAAUGUGAAGAUGAAAUUAUACCAAAUAUUUUAGAAGCAAUGAUACGAGGAGAUUUAGAAAUUUUGAAGGAUUGGUGCUAUGAAGGACCAUUUAAUGUGUUAGCAACACCUAUCAAAACAGCCCAAAGCUUAGGAUACCAUUUUGAUUCAAAAGUUCUUGAUGUAAUGAAUGUGGAU